AUGGCAGCAACAAUCGGAGACCAGGAUAAGGUGUUAGCCACCGCGCAGCGGAUCGUGAAGUCUCUCGGAAAUACCUCCGACGCCGACGACAUGUUGUUGAUCCUCUCCGCCUUCGACAACCGCCUCUCCGCCCUCUCUUCCUUUGUCUCCUCCGAUGAGAAUCCCUCUUCUGCGGAGGCACCGGCGGCAUCUAACCAAUCGUCCACCUCCGCCGAUCCCCGAUUCGUCGAGGCUGAGCGAAUUAUUUUGAACGACACCGAUUCAUCGCCUUUCUCUGAUAAUUACUUGGCCGCGAUUGAUGAUAUCAUUCAAUUGACAGAGGGAUUGAACCUUGGUUCAGCUGACGCUGGCGAUGACGUCAUUGACCGCGCCGAGAAUGCUCUCCAACUGGCUAUGUCCCGGUUGGAGGAUGAAUUUCGCCAAAUAUUGAUCCAGAACACCUUAUCUCUUGACCCAGACCGCCUCCACCGCUCCUCUCUUUCUUCAUCUGCUGCUGCUAUUGCAAUUGCCGCAACUGAGUUUUUCAACGAUGAUUCAAACUUGAGCUUUGAUGAUGUCAGCAGCGCAAGGUACAGCAACCACAGCCAUGGUAGGGGUGUUAGCUUUGGGAUAGAUGAAAUGUCCCUUGAACUGAUCCACCCUGAUGCGGUGCUUGAACUCACAGAGAUUGCAGACCGUAUGAUCCGAUCUGGGUAUGAGAAAGAAUGCUUCCAAGUGUAUUCUAGUGUCCGUCGUGAUGUUCUGGAUGAGUGUUUGACGAUUCUUGGGGUGGAAAAACUGAGCAUUGAGGAAGUGCAGAGGAUUGAGUGGCGGUCCUUGGAUGAUAAGAUGAAGAAAUGGAUUCAGGCCGUGAAAUUAGUCGUUCGGGGCCUUCUGUCCAGUGAGAAACAGUUGUGUGAGCAGAUUUUCGCUGGCUCUGAUCUGGUUGAAGAUUGCUUUCUAGAAACAUCAAAGGGUUGCAUCAUGCAGCUUUUGAAUUUUGGGGAAGCGGUUGCAAUUGGGAGGAGGUCGGCCGAGAAGUUGUUCAGGAUUCUUGAUAUGUAUGAUGGGUUAGCUCAGGUUGUGCCAGAUUUGCAAUCGCUUUUUAUUGACGAAGGUGCUCGUGACAUGGUGCGUGAGGCCAAGGCAGUAUUGGAUGGUUUGGGUGAGGCUGCUAUAGGGACUUUUGUCGAGUUUGAGAAUGCAGUUCAGGGGGAAGCUUCGAGGAAGCCUGUACAGAAUGGUGAGAUUCACCCGCUUGCCCGAUAUGUUAUGAAUUAUGCAAAGUUGCUGGUGGACUACUGUGAUACCCUUAAUACACUUUUGGAGAAUGUGAAGGUUGAAUCAGAGUACCUGGAGAGGAAGAAUAGUGACGAGUCGGAGGUGGAAAGCAUGUCAUUUAUUGCUCGGCGGUUGUUGGCCUUGAUUACUUCUCUCGAGUCAAAUAUUGAAGAGAAAUCGAGAAUGUAUGAGGAUGCUGCUAUGCAUUAUAUAUUCUUAAUGAAUAAUAUUCUAUACAUUGUGCAGAAAGUAAAGGACUCUGAGCUGCGAAACCUUUUAGGUGAUAACUGGGUUAGAAAACGGAGGGGUUUGAUCCGACAGCAUGCGACCCAAUAUCUUAGGUCAUCAUGGAGCAAGGCUUUGGCAUGUUUGAAGGAUGAAGGGAUUGGUGGGAGCUCAAGUAAUGCUUCAAAGCUGGCUUUGAAGGAGAGAUUUAAGAGUUUCAAUGCUAGUUUUGAAGAUAUCUACCGUAUUCAAACUGCUUGGAAGGUCCCAGAUCCUCAGCUCCGUGAAGAACUUAGGAUAUCCAUUUCAGAAAAAGUGAUUCCAGCAUACCGCUCGUUUAUGGGAAGGUAUGUUAUUCCUCUUCAUCGAGGAAUAGUGCAGUUGACUUUGAGCUUGGUGAUGUACACUUCCCUGUUGGUUGGAUAUGUUGAACGCAUAGUUUUGUGA